AUGAUCCAGCUUUGGUCUGCCUGGGUGUAUGGAGGCAUCAUCGUUCUAGUAUCAUGCUGGCGUAUUUUCCUGACGCUGAACUCACUGCAAUGGGUGCACUGGUGGUCAAAGUCUCCCAGCCGCAACCCCCCGGUGUAUCCUUAUUGGAUUCCAUUCCUAGGCCACUCGAUCCCAUUCAUUCAAGAUCCAGGGGCGUUUGUGGAUGGACUGCAACAACGAUAUGGCGACCGAUAUCCCGUGGAGAUUGUGCUGGGUCCCAUACGAGGGUAUUUCGUGGCGGGCUCCGAGGCGAUCAACAACCUCCUACGCUCCCCCCGCAAUCUGUCUCCCAAGCCUUUCAUCGCUCUGGUCAUGGAGAAUAUGUUCGGUACCCCACCCGGCACUAUGCCGUUGUACCGCCAGGAUGAUUCGGGGAUUGCCCCGACUCCCUUGCCGAACACUCAUGUGGCUCCGGAGCAUCGCAUCUACUACCAUCAGCACAAGUCCGCUCACCGAUUCCUCACGGGCGAUGCUCUCCGCCAUAUGACAGAGCGGUUCACGCGUGUUCUCAGCAGGGAGCUACACCGCGAUGCCGCCAUCGGUCCCGACGACGAUUGGGUCCAGCUGCCGGAUCUCUACACCUUCUGGAAGAGUCGCAUCUUCCACGCCGCUGUGCACGCCUUGUUCGGACCCUACCUCACCUUGCUGACUCCGGGCUUUGAGCAGGACUUUUGGCAUUAUAUGGAUGCUAUUCCGACACUCACGAUGGGACUGCCGCGCUGGAUGAUCCCCGGGGCUUAUGCUGCUCGGGAUCGAGUCUUCACGGCUGUCAAGACUUGGCAUCGCUUUGCCCGCGCCCACUCUGAUUACCGCCAAAACGGGCCAGAUGACCCUGACUGGGAUAAGUAUUGGGGCUCAACCUGGCUCAAGGUUCGACAGCAGUUCGGGCAGGACAGUGGCUGGAUGGAUGAAGAUGCCUUGGCAGCGGAGGAUGUCGCCCUACUUGUAGCCGCAAAUGCCAAUGCCAUACUUAGUGCCAUCUGGGUUCUUCUCCACAUCUAUGCUGACCCCGAUCUCCAUCAGCGACUAAAGCCGGAAUUUGAUCGUGCCAUGGUUCAACCAUUCCCUACAUCCCUCUCGAGCACCACCACCAGCCAGCAGACUGAAUUUGAUAUCACAACCCUGGUCAACUCACCACGUCUUCAAUCGGUCUACGCCGAAGUUCUGCGGAUGCGCAUAGCCCUCCUGCUAAAUCGAACCCCCGUGCAUACCGAGGCUCAGCUUGGCCCGUGGCGCCUGAAGCGCGGACAGUUCAUUGUGAUGAGCACGCAGCAUGCAGCCUAUGAUGACGAGGCCUGGGGCCCGCGGCGCAUGCAGGACGGACGAUACCCCCUGGAUCAGUUUUGGGCGGAACGCUUCCUGGUACAAGAUGAGGGGGGCAAGGAGCAGUUUUCCCUCGACGGGCUAUCAGGCGCAUGGAUCCCCUACGGCGGUGGUGGGUUUAUGUGUCCUGGACGGCAUUUCGCAAAACAGGAGAUCCUGGGUAGUGUCGCCAUUUUUCAGUCCUAUUACGAGCUGGAGGUGGUUGACCGACCCAAGGGUUGGCUGCCGCGUCCGGACCGCCGAUUCUAUGGGGUGGGCGCAAUGCCUCCAGCUGAGCCUAUUCCGUUUCGUAUUCGGCGGCGGCGCCGGUGA